AACACGUCACCUUGAGUAACAUGGCAGAAUGAACUAUAAUGCUCCACGUUCAUUCUAGGUCGAAAGGGCCAAGUAAUGCUUCACCUUUUUACACAAUUCAAGAAUAAAUGUCUUGCAAGUUCAGUCAUCGGGCUGCAGGGUCACGGCGGCCCCGAAAGACUGAAGUCUUUCUCUUUGAGCUUGCAUCGUGCAAUAUGAGACCCGCCGCUUCAUCCGAGCGCACAGAUGGCAGAUAAACGUAGCUAAAUCCGAUGUUCUGCUCGUGGAGCGUCCCGCAUAUCACCUAGGACGACUGUACAUGCUGAAUCGUUACGUCCUUUCAUCAAGGAUAGAGAGAAUUUUCCGUAAUUGAACUUCUUUGCAGCUUUCAGGACGUGGUCAAGAACUCGAGGGCGGCAUUCAAUGGUGAUGGAAUCGGAUACCAAAUAUACUUGCUGUGAUCGACCUGGCAGAAAAAGGAUCUCCGUCGAGUAAACACCCCAUCACCGAGCUCAAGGCGCGAGAAAAAGGACUCGUUAAAGGAAAUUUCCUAAACCUGAUCCCUCGUCCCUUCUCAAGAUCUCAAAUCUGAAUCAAUUCACCACGUUUUAGACAUCCAGUUUCCGAUUCAAUAGCACAUGUCUGGCAAAAUUCCACAAAAGCAAAAACGAAGCGGUAAUUGAAGACGAAUGAAAGGACCAAGUGGUUGCAGAUGAUCACACGAGGGCACAGUCGUGAUCACCUGCGAAGGCUCAGCUACGGGAAGAACAACUGAGUGCGAUCGACGAGCGAGCGAGCGAAACGAUCGAAGAAGCAUCGAUGAGCGAAUCCUAUGAGGAUCCUCCGGGGACCCCUCAUGCGAUCGACCAGCGAUGGAUGGAAACGCUGGAUGAUGCAUUGUUUUCGGAGCUGAGCAAGACGUUCGGAAUAGCCUCGGUGAGACAACGUGCAUACGGCCGCACGCGCCCAGCGGCCGCCCGUUGCCGCGCUCGAACGGAACUCAAGCUGGUUUUCCAAGGUCCGCCCGUUCAACGUCCUCCGGAGACCCGAACCGGAGCGAGCACGGGUGCGGGUGCGGGUGCGCUCGCGCCCGCGCCCGCGCCCGCUCCCGCUCCCGCUCCCCGACGCAGCAUCACUGUCAAGGACCUUCUUUCCAAUUUUCGGAAGUCCAUAACUCGUACUAGCUCCAAUUCCGCACCGUUCCUAACUCGUACUAGCUCCAAUUCCGCGCCGGUACUAACAGCCAGAGAGAAAGACACCGUGGACCACCUGGUGAAGACGACGAACGAGCUUCUAGGGGGAGACGCCGUGCCAGCUGUAGGCGCCGUGCCAGCUGCACCCGCCCUGCCAGUUGUACACAGCGCUGCUCCUCCGUGGCCGGGCCUUCUGUUUGCAGACGAAUCAGAUCCGACGAGCGUGGUCCGAGUGGGAAUUCGGCCUAGGGGCCCAGUGAAGCAGUUGACCGAUGCUCAAUCUGCAAAUGCGCUGCUAUCGGAGAGAGUGCCUCUGAUUAUGCGGACGAUUUUAAAUGCCUUGUGGCCGGGGGGAUGUUCAGCUUCAGACCCGCCCGACGCGUGGAUUCUUAAUAGAAUGUGGAAUCUCAUCAGAGAAUAUGAUAUGUAUGGAGUAGUAUAUAGCUUACAUCUUGACACUAGGCAUGAACUAAAAAGAAAUGUAAACGAUCCAAACAUGAAAGAGAUAAUGGCAGACCGCUACGAAGCAUACCAGUGCGAGUGCUGGACAAAAAGGCUUGGAAAGGAUUGGCAUCUGCUGAUAAAAGAAGACGAAAUGGCUAUGUUACCUGACAAUAUUGAAGUGGAACCUCCAGAUAAACUGAAGAGGCUGCUGACUGCUGUGGUGGAUUCCUACGUCACGGAACAUCCACACUUUGAACUCAGAAAUCCUCAUCUUGCAAAGAAAAGAGAGGAACGGCAGUGGGCUCCCUGGGCAAAGGCGUUAGCAAAAGCAUAUAUGAAGUUGUGCGGAAUACACAUCCCGUUAGCUGGCCGGUACUGGUAUUUGUCUGACGGACAAUGUGAGGUGAUUGGAAGAUUGACCGGAUACUCUGUGCGAUCGAUUCACAGAUUUGUGAGAGAUUACAGGAUUGCCCAUCAGGACAUUGUUAAAUUGCGGCCUGAAGAAGUGCCAAAGCCGCUCAAUCCCUUUUACCUGCAGCUGAAUCCCCGCGAAUUCUUCCUGAUCGAUCAAUUUCUGCUUCCACGGUUUAUUAGAAACAUAGACUUUCGAACAGAUAGUAUACCAGCUGAAGAAAUCAAUCAGCUAUUAGCAAGAACAUCAGACCUACCGAAUUUUCCAAUAGUAAUGGUCAGAGAAUUCCUAAGUCGCUGGUUCUCACGUGGGCGAACGAAAGCAAGAGGAAAUCGGCUGAUGGACUAUGCGAUACGGAUUUACAAUGACAUGGCCGUAGCCGAGGGAGCUCCCGAUCUGUCCACCUGUUGGUAUGAGACGGGUGUGAUUCAUGAAGAUAUCUAUCGUGAAACAGUAGCUUGGACUCUGGGAAUUGCCAGAAAAGAGAUGAAAGAACGACUUCAGAUGCAAGCAAGGAGAAACCAAACAUUACGGACUCAUCCUCUGCGGCUACACGUACUACAGAUCAGGGCGGAAGAGGUUCGGAACACACUCGACAUUCUGCACCGCGACCGUGCGGGGCUCGACGACAUUGGACAGCUUCUUCCAGGCACGCCGUUGCCGGAACCAGAAGCCGAUCCCGAGAAUUCCGACGCCCAGCUUUCGCUGGUAGAGCUUCAUUUAGCUGCUCGAGCCAUAAACAGCGUUACACCCGCUCAGAAACUAAACUCCCGCACAGUGGCAGAGUACGUGCGCGAACUGAGAAAAUCCGAAUUGAGUACAAGGAUUAAAACAACGCUGCAUCUGACACCCUUCCAGAUCCCAGGGGAUUCCAGCUCUUGGAGUUUCAAGCUCGACCCAGAGGUGGUGGAUGAGCCGGAACAAUUGUCAAUUUUCGAAUUUUGUGAAAUCGAUUCUAUCUCUGUGAGCUCAGAUGACUCUGACGAGGUCGUCGACGCAUGGGCAGCUAGGAAGGUGGAUCCACAAACUCCCGCCAGGACAGCGGGAACCGGGCCACGCGCAGAACUCGAGUAUCAAGUGAGCCCCAUAGAUUCGACUGCCGGACUCACUACAGGGAAGUAUACAUUGAUCGCGAAUCUGCAUUUAGCACCUUCAUUACAAUCCGCAGCUAAACGAACUAUAGUAGAGGUGGGUAUAAGAACGAGAGGUCCAUCGUAUUCGGAGCACUCGUCAGCACCUACGAGCCCCACCUCGCCGUCUGCACGGCGAGGCUUUCGCGACGCAGCCCCAGCGGCAGCCGCUACGAGCCCCACCUCGCCGUCUGCACGGCGAGGCUUUCGCGACGCAGCCCCAGCGGCAGCCGCUACGAGCCCCACCUCGCCGUCUGCACGGCGAGGCUUUCGCGACGCAGCCCCAGCGGCAGCCGCUACGAGCCCCACCUCGCCGCGAUCUGUUCUUGACCAUCGCGAUGGUGAAGAACAAUCUUCAGCCUCUUUUGCACCCGUAAAUCGGUCUGCAGCUCCUGCUACUCCAGAGAUCCAGCGUCCCCCCAAAUUGAGAUUACCGCCGAACAUACCUUUCGACACCUCUCGCACCGGUCUGCAGCUCCUGCUACCCCGAGGCAGGGUCCCCCGGGGGGACCCUGCCUCGGAGCGGAUUACCGCUGAAAUUAUCCAGUCUAAAGAGAUCCUCCCCCCAAAGCCGAGAUUACCGCUGAAAUUAUCCAUUCUAAAGAUUCCGAAGGUGCGAAAAGACGAGGACAAGAGCGGAAACGAGAGCCGGGCACGUCCGGACACUGCGUAGCAGCGAUGGAUCGAUGAAGAGAACCUGGACUGCCAUCAGUCUGCAACUUCCCUCGACUCAGCCGUAGAUCAGAUGACAUGAUCACUUAAACAUCUCCGAAUUCUUGGACUCGUCAUGGACUCAUACUCCGUUCACCGUGUCAAGCUUGAAUAGUUAGUAAGUAAAUUUCGUGACGUUUUUGCCUUGCUAUCAGGCAAACACUCUUCGCCAUGUUAAGGGCUUACAAUAUAGUGUCGUGAGAAUCUGUUCUGUAUACAAUU